AUGGAAGGAUAUUUGAAAAAAUGGACUAACCUUUUUUCAAGAUGGUAAGAUCGUUACUUCAUUCUUAAUGAAGAUAUUCUUCUAUAUUGUGAUUCUUAAGGAGGACCAAUCAAAGGACAAGUACAUUUGAAAGUAGCAGCUUUGAUAUUAGUGCCUGAAGAUCCUUUAAGAAUAAUAAUAAAUACUGGAACGACUGAAAUACAUUUACGAGCAAACAAUAUUAAUGAAAAGAUAGAUUGGAUUAAUGCUUUGAAAUCAGCUUAAGAUAGAUGUUUAAGCCGUUAAAAUGAAAUAAAGUUUGAAUAAAAGAUACAAGAAUUGCUGACUGAUGUUUGGUAAACUGGAGCUAUAUGUAUAAUAAAUAAAACUAUUGUAGUUGAUGAAACACUUAGUAUGUUAAUUCCUAAAUUGGAAAAGAACUCAUAAAUUAAAGAAAUGGCUGACCGAUUAGAAAGCAUUGGAAAAAAUCUAAAAACGAAAAUUACUUUAUGUGCUCAAAUAGUAGAAGAAGAGAAAUAAAAAUUAUCAAAUUAAGAAAAUGGAACAGUGUAUGAAAGUUUUAUACAUUAAAAUUCAGCAUAAUCAGUGAUAAGAGAUGAUUUAUUGAAUCAUUAACAUUUUUCUACACAUAUACAAUCAUAAUUGAUGAGUGUGAGUGAAAUUGGUUUACAAAUUAGAGAUCAUUAACCUACUAAAUAUGUACUUAAAGAAUAAGUUAUAUUAGUUUUUAGAAUAAUAUUAUCAACAAUCCUGCAUUUCAAAAAAUAAAAUUUGGAAAUAGUCCUAAAAGAGAUAGGUUACCUUAUAAGAAGGAUCCAAAUGAAAAGAUAAAUGUUUGGUAUUUGUGUAAGGAAUUAAUUGGCAAAGAUUUAGGAAGAUUUUCUGUUCCAAGUAUAAAUAAUAAAAAUUAGUUAUUUUAAAUGAGCCAUUGUCAAUGUUGUAAAGAUUAGCAGAAUAAAUGGAAUAUUCUGAAUCAUUGGAAGAAGCAGAUAAAAUAAUUGGAGAUAGUGCAUUAAGAAUGUGUUACAUUAUGGGAUUUGGUGUAUCACCUUAUUCAGCAAAUAUAGGGAGAACAAAAAAACCUUUUAAUCCUAUUUUAGGAGAAACCUAUGAAAUUUAAACAUCAAAUUGUAGAUUUAUAAGUGAAUAAGUAUCUCAUCAUCCUCCUAUUUCAGCAGGAUAUGCAGAAUCUAAGACUUUUUAAUUUUGGGCUCACACGGAUGUUUAAACUAAAUUUAAUGGUUUAUGCUUUUAGGUUAAUCCUGUAGGAUUAUUUAAUGUAAUUUUAAAAACAUCAAAUGAUCAUUAUUAAUUUAAUAGAUGUACUACAAAGGUUUAAAAUAUAUUGUGGGGUUAAUAGUAUUUAGAUCAUAUGGGAUAAAUGAAAUUUGUAAAUUUGACAACUGGUGAUAAUGGAGUAUUGGAAUUGAUAGAAAAAUCAGGUAAAUCAGAAUGUGAGAUGAGAGGAUAUGUUAAAGAUAAAAAUGGGAAUGAAAAAUAUAAAUUGAAAGGUUUUUGGAAUGAUCGUUUAAUAGCAUAUGACUCUUAAAGAGAAAUAGUUGUAUGGAAGAGACAUUAAUUACCUUAAGAUUCAGAUUGGUAUUAUAAUUUUACUGAAUUUGCAAUGUAACUAAAUCAUCUAACAAUUGAGAUGAUAAAAGUAUAAAGUAAUGAAUAAAUUAGGAAUUACCUUGUACAGAUUGUAGAUUAAGGCCAGAUUAAUUAGCAUUUGAAAAUGGAUGGGUUGAUUUAGCAUCAAGUGAAAAACAUAGAUUAGAAGAGAAAUAAAGAGCUAGAAGAAAAGCUAUGGCAGCAGCAAAUUAGGUUCAUGUUCCUAUGUUUUUUGAGGAGAUUAUUGAACCUAAAACAAAUUUAAAAUGGUAUAAAUAUAAAGGGAAUUACUUUUAAUAAUAAUGGAAAUAAGUUGGAUAAGAAUUGUUGGAUUUAUUUUGA